GAGAAUGGAAGCGAGGAUUGGCGGCCAGUGCAAGAGCACUUUGGUUGUCCGAGAACAGCACCAUAGGGCCGGUGCAAGCAGGAAUCUGGGGCAGGUCACGGCAGAACUGGGUCAACCAAAUCGCUUCUUUGCUGGCAGCAGUUAGGGCAAUGUACUCUGCCUCUGUCGAGGACAGAGCCACCAGCGGCUGGCGCUUACUGCUCCAGGACACAGCAGCCCCAUGGAGCAAGAACGCAUACCCGGAGGUAGAGCGCCUUGAGUCCUGGUCGCCCGCCCAGUCCGCAUCCGAGUACCCAUGAAGUUCCUGUGACACAGCAGCGCCAUAGUGAAGCUGCAAAUGCAAGGUCCGGGGUUCUCGAGGAACUGGGAGACCAUCCCAAGUUCCCAACAGCAUAGGCGAGAUCUGGUCGCGUGCCCAGCAUCAAAUAAACAAGACUUCCCACAGCUUGACGAUAUGGCACCGUGUACUCUCAGGGGCCAUGUCACGGCUGAGUUUGUGAUUGACCUCAAGAGGUGUGGCCAUGGAAGAGCAGUCCAGCAUAUUGAAGUGUUCCAAGAUCUCCCUUGCAUAGUGAGCUUGUGUCAAACUCAAAGUGUGUGCUCCUCGAUUGCGUAUAAUUUGGAUGCCAAGGAAAUGGCGAAGCUCGCCCAGGUGGCGGGUUUUUGCACCGAGAAUGCAGUCGUCAACGUACACAGCAACCAGGAGAAAAUCGUCACCACACUUGUACAGGUACACGUUUCCUUCCACUGCAAGAGGAACACACCCCAGGCUCUUGAAGAACGCAUCAAUGCGUUCAAACCAAACCCUCGGGGAUUGUUUAAGCCCAUACAGGGCGCGAUUCAGCUUGCAAACAAGAUAUUCCUCACCAGGAAAGCAGUGCGAACGUCCAACUGGUGCAGUUCCAGGUCGUACUUGGCAGCCAGUGCAAGGAUCACUCGCACAGAGGUCAACUUCACAACUGGUGAGUACGUCUCCAUGUAUUCCAAACCUGGAAUCUGGCUGAAUCCCCGUGCGACAAACCUGGCCUUGAACUUUGCUACAGUUCCAUCAGGUUUGUACUUGACUGUGUAAAUCCAUUUCGAGCUCACAAGGUGAGCACCUUCAGGUAAGGUUGUCUUUGUCAUUGUAUUGUUUCGCUCAUGCGAAUGCAUUUCAGCAUUCAUGGCUUCUCGCCACUGGGAAGCAUGAGGUCCAGCUAAUGCCUCGUCAACAUUCGCUGGAAUGGGGAUUCGCUCUGGAUUAGCAGCCACGAAGUUAGCCUGGUGCGUUCCUUUCUUUUUAAUUUUUCCAAAACUAAAGAAGGGACGAGAUUGCUCAGCUUCCAGUUGCAGCCUCGAUGGUACGGGAACUCGAGCAGAGCGCCGUGGUUCAGGACAUGCUGGAGGGUGGAUCACAGGUGGUGGAACAAGUGGAGAGUCUGGGAGAGCUCCCACUGAAGUUGGCGACCUGCUUCCAGCUCCCACUGAAGGUGAUGAUCCACGUCCAGCUCCCACUGAAGAUGAGCCGAGGAAGAACUCAGGAGCAGCUUGAAAUUCCUCGUCGCCCUCGAAAGGCGUAGCUGGAGGGCGUGGUGGCAGUGCUGGAGGAACCACCAGGUUACCACCAGCAGGAGCAAGAGGCAGCAAUGGAGGCAGCUGUAGUCACGUGAACUGUGUCCACCAGCUGGAGUUCCACGAAAGUAGGAGCAGGAACUUCAGCGCGAUCCUUGUACAGCUUGCUCUCAUCAAAGAGCACAUCCCGUCUUUCCAGCAAAGUCUUGCGCUUGAGAGAAUAAAGGUGAUAUCCUUUCAUGCCC